AGAAUGACCUCAACGACCAUCAUCGAAAGACCCCUCCGCCGUCUCGCGGUGCACUCGACAACGACUUGUGCAGCGCAAGCGUCCACGUACGGGAGAUGCAUUCUGGCGACCUACACAGACGUUCGAAAGGAUGUAUGCAAAGAGGAGUUUCUCAAAUUCGGGCAAUGCCUACGUGACGCAAUGAAACGCAAAUGGUGAUAUCCAAUGCGGGAGUGUAUAUAAUAGUACAGGCUGCCUAAUCGUCCACAUGUCCGUUGUCGAUACUGCCCGGAACCGUCCUACUUGUCGGUGUCACUUCUUCAUCCCUUCUUUCCUCUAAAUUAAUCCUGGUUCGGGUCCGUAUUGCCCUCAUCCUCAACGACCAAGGCGUCAGGUUGGGCAUGGGUAGACCGUCACCUGUGUUUGUUUGAUUAUUGGGAGGAGUUUCCCGCAAACGUCGCAGAAAUUGAGAGAAGGUUAUUUCCAUGACGUGUGGGCAUGAUGUGGAUGGCCUGGUCUUCGAGGGCUCGGGCGCAUCAAAUGGCUCUGCCGUAUCAGUGGAUAAUGGCAAUGCCAGGGAAUCGGAGGGUGAGGGUUUAGGGAGGAGCGUG